AUGAAUGAGUUUAGCCUAGUUUCGCACAAGUCUACAAUUAGCGCCAUUGAAGAUCUUUCUCUCUUUCUUUCUUUCUCUCUUCCUCUCUUUCUUUCUUUCUCUCUCCCUCUCUUUCUUUUUCUGUGUUUUUCUUUCUCUCUCUCUCUCUAUCACAAACAACUCAAAUUUAUUCUUUUCCGUUCAUCUCUCUUUCCUUCCCCUCUUUCUCUCAAUCUCUCUCUAUCUAUUAGAAUCUAUCUAUCCAUCCAUCUAUCUAUCUAUCUAUUAUGGUUAUUUCAUAUCUAUCUAUCUAUCUAUCUAUCUAUAUAUAUCUAUCUAUCUAUCUAUCUAUAUAUAUAUAUAUAUAUAUACACUAGUUUGUUCAUAUCUAUCUAUCUAUCUAUCUAUCUAUCUAUCUAUUUAUUAUUAUCUACUUAUUUUUUGUUCGUAUCUAUCUAUCUAUCUAUCCAUCUAUUAGGGUCUUUCCAUAUCUAUCUAUCUAUCUAUCUAUCUAUCUAUAAUAUUUCUAGAUUAUACAAUACAUCUAUCUAUCUAUCUACUAGUUUGUUCAUAUCUAUCUAUCUAUCUAUUCAGUUUGUUCGUAUCAAUCUAUCUGAGUUCGUUCAUAUCUAUCUCGUCACAUAA